AUAAAACAAAGCACGUUAUUUUAACUCAGUUUUUCAACAAAACGUCGAGACGAUGGUACGUGCGUGGUAUAUAGAAGGCGAUGGAUUGGAUAAUCCGAGGGAUGAACAUCAAAGGUUGCCCCCAAAGUUUAUCACUUUGGAAGACCUUUACCGUAUAACUGGUGUUGAACAUUAUGCGUUAAAUGUUGAUACGUGUGAAACAGACGGUUCCUUGGAAAAAUUGAAGGAAGAGAAAGGCUACACGUACGAAGAUAUUUUCGAAACGCCAGCUGAAGGUGAUUUGGUGGAGUUUUACAAAGAGCAUCUUCAUGAGGAUGAGGAAAGUCGCUUUGUUCUUGAAGGGUGUGGUUAUUACGACAUACGGGAUAACAAUGACGAAUGGAUAAGAGUUGAAGUGGUUUCUGGUGAUUUAAUUGUGGUACCUAGUGGAUGUUAUCAUCGCUUUAUGUUGGAUCACACUAAUUAUUUUAAAGCAAAACGAUUGUUCUUUAAGGAUCCACAUUAUCAAGCUGUUGAACGUCCUGCAGAUAAUUUGUCUUGUCGUCAAGAGUACCUCAAGAAAUUGCACAAUGGAAAGUUUGAAGAGUCAUGAAAUAAUUUGUAAAAGUAGUAGUUAAUAAAACGCUUCAAAUAGA